AUGUUAAGUACAAAGAAGAUGCAAUUUAAUUUUACAGCUACAGUUUAUGAUAUAUUAGUAGCAAUUAAAGAAAGACAACAAUCAGAAGUAAAUAUGGAAGAAUAUGCAUUAUUCCUUCCAAAUGAUAAAACAAGAGAAAAAGGACAAUGGAUGAUUCCAAAAAGAACUAUUGAAUCAUAUGACCUUGUCACAGAUGAUGAAGUUUGGUUUAGAAAGAGAAUGCAAGUAGUAAAUGUUUUACUUCCUGAUGGAUCAACUAAAAAAAUGAUGUUAGAUGUAUGUCAAACAAUUAAAGGACUUGUUGUUGCAAUUGCAGACAAAUUAUCAUUACAUCAUGCCGAAGCAUUUGGAAUUCAAAUUCAAGGAUCAAAUAAAUUUUUAAGAAUGAAAAGUUCGUUAUAUGAAGUUGCUGGACCAAAUGAUGUUAUUACAUUGAAAAAAAGACAUUUUAUUCAAGAAGGAGAAUUAAAUAAAGAAGAUCCAAUGUUAUUACAUUUAAGUUAUAUUCAAGCACAUGAUAAUGUUGUUGGAGGAUUAUAUCCAUGUAAUAAAGAUGAAAUUAUAAGAUUUGGAGCAUUAAAUGCAAUGAUUGAUAUUGGGAAAUGUGAUGAAACAAAAAAAGUAUCAACAAUUCAUCAAAAUAUUACACAUUUUGCACCAGAAAUGUAUCAAAAGAAAGAAAUUGAAAAAGAAAUAUUUGCUAAAUGGAAAACUAUGAAUUCAAUGACACCAGUAGAUGCUAAAUAUAAAUAUCUUCAAUUAUGUAUGACAUUAAGAUCAUAUGGAAUGAAUAUUUAUCAUGGAGGAAUUGAACCUAAAGGAAUUAUACAAUCAACUGACCCAAAAAAGAAAAAAUUAAAUCAAGUAUUAAUGGCAUUUUCACCAGUUGAAUUAAAAUUAUUAACAUUAGAUCAUAAAGUUAUAAUGAGUGAACCAUAUGAACAUUUAAAGAGUUGGAAAUUUAGUUCAGAAGCAGUAAUAUUUGAUUUUGGAAAAUUUAAUAAUGGAGAAAUUAUUAAAUUUUAUACAUCAGAAGGAGAAGAUAUCUUUUCAUUAGUUGCAGGUUAUAUUGAAAUUAUUACUUUAAAAGCACAAAAAAUAGUAGAAGACGAUAAAGACUUAGAAAAAGCUACUGAAGUUCAAUUAACUAAACAAAAGAAAACAGCUGUUGUAAAAAGUACUGUCACAAAAACAAGGGUUGUUGCUCAACCUACUCCAUUAACUCAAAUUUCACAAUCUGUAGAAUCAAAUGAUAUAUAUCAAGCUAAUAAAACAUAUGCAUUACCUGUUAAUUUUGCUGUAAAUUUAAAAGAAAAAACACAAUCAAAUGAUGAUAAUUGGAGAAAUCAACUUAGAAAUCAAUCAGAUAAUCUUCUUGGACUUCUUAAACCAUUAUCAGAAUCAUUUAGAAAUGGUCCAAAAUUAUCUAAUGAAAAAAUUAAACAAUUUGGAUUUUAUGUUGAUGGUGUGCGUCAAGCUGUAUUAAAUGGUUCAUCUUCUGUUGAAGAUAAAGAAAUUUUUGAAGCAAUGGCAAAUAAUUUAAUGGAUGCUGUAAAUGAAUAUAUGGAUAUUUGUAGUGCGUUAGAAAAAGACCCAAAUAAUCCAGCAUUACUUGCUGCUUUAACAGAAGCAGAACGAAGAAUUCAAAUGUGUACAGAAGCAUUAAAUGCUUGUGCUAAUGGACUUGUUAUGGAUAUUGAUCAAGACUUAAUCUUUGAAUUAUCACAAUCUGUAUCUGCUGAUGUUGAUGCAGCAUGUGAAAUUGCAAGAGCAGCAGCUGGUGAUAUUGUUGAAGCUGCUAUUUCACAAGCACAAACAGAUGCAAGAAUGUUAGUUUUUGGAGCACAAUCAAUGGGACUUGCAAUGGGAAAUCCUGAAUGUCAAACAAUAAUGAAUGACCUUUUAAGUAAAUGUAAAAAUUCAAGUAUCAGUUUAUUAGAAACUUCACAAUUAAAAGGAACCCCACAAGGAGGACCUUUAGAAGAAGAUAUUGAUGAUAUUUGUAAAAAUUGUGAUUUAAUGGAUAAUUUCAUUGAAGAGAUUAAAGAUGACAAAAUUAAUAAAAGAAAGAAAUUCCUUGAAUCAGCUGGUGGUUGUUUGCAAAUGGCUGAUUGGUUAUCUACAUUACAAAAUAUGAGAGUUGAAGAUGUCCAACGUGCUGCAUUAGAAAUGAAAAAAGAUAUUCCAACUAUUGUUAAAUAUAUGAAAGAAUCUACUGCUAGUGUUGAAGUUGAUGAUGCUAAAAGAGCAUUUAUUAUUGGAAACUUAAAAGAUAUGACUUCUAAUGCUAAAAUAAUAUUAACAAAUGCAGAUCAAACAGUUUAUAGUCCUAGUAAAAAUGAUGAUAUUAGAGAAGCUGCUGGGUUAACAGCUGAUGCAAUUAAAGCAGUUUUAGGAGAUGAUGUUAAUGAAGUUGUUCAUCAUUCUAUGUAUACUGAUUCAAAGAAAGCAGCUAUUGCCUCACUUAAAAUGUCUCAAUUAUUAAAAGCAAAAUCAAAGAAUGAAAAGAAUGCUAAAUAUGCUGAGCAAAUACUUAAUGCUGCUCGUACUGCUUCUCUUAUUACUUCAAAAUUACUUGAACCAGUUGAAGAUGAUGAAGAUGAAAGAAAAUUCAUGGAAAAGUCAUUAGCUAUUGCUAAUGAAUAUGACCCAUUCUCUAAAAGUAUUGAUGGACUUGUUGAUCAAAUAGAAGAAGGAAGAGGAGAUAUAAUUGAAGAUAAAAUGCAAUUAGAUUUAAUGAUGGCUAAAUUAGAACAAGAUGUUAAUACAUUCCAAAGAGAAGAUAUGUUAUCUUCAUUACAUACUGCUGGAAUGGAUUAUAGAAUGGCUGCUGUUGAAUUAAAGAGAGAAAUUCUUGUUGUAGAUUCAGCAAAUGAACUUGAAGAAAGUGGUAUUAAAGAAGAACUUAAUGAAGAAGCAUUAAAAGCACUUGAAGAAUUUACUCAAGCAAGGCAUCAAUUAGAUAAUAUUUCUGCUUUUGAUUAUACAACUCAAGCAAAAGUUGAAGAUGUUGCAGAAAAAUCUAAAAAGGUAUUAAAAGCACUUAUUAAAGCAAGUAGAACAUCAAAGAAAAAGAAUGAAAGAAAAAUGUUACUUGAUGCAGCAAUGAAACUAAGUAAUGAAAUGGCUCGAAUGCUUAGUGCAGUUGAUGAAGAAUCAAUUGGUAAUCAAAUCAAUAUGAAAGGAAUUGAUACUGAUUUAGUUAAUGCUGAAAAACAAAUCACUAAUAUUUUAAAGGUUGAUGAUUUGGUUGAUAUUGACCUUGGUAAAGCAAUGACUGUGGAAAUUACUUCUGAAGAAAUGGAAGCUGAAAAUACCGCAUUAACAAAAAUGCAAACUGUUACUAGUGAAAUAGAUGCUAUUUAUAAAGAUAUGCAAAAAGACAUCCAAGCUAAAAAAGAAGCUGCUGAAGCAAGUGAAGAUCCUAAACAAAUUGUUGAAGCUACUUUACAAGAAGCAGUUCUUGUUAUGGUUGGUUCAUCUAUUGGUGUUUUAUCUACUGCCACUACAGCACAAGCAGAAUUAAUUCAACAACUCCAAAACUCUGAAACUGCAAGUGGUGUUCAUAGAGAUAAAGAAUAUGCAGAGGAAUUAAUUAAAGCAGUAGAAGAUGUUAAAAGUACUGCAAUUGAAUUACAACAAAAAAUUAAAGAAGAUAAUGUUAAUUCUGAUGAAUUAGUUAAAGUAGCUGAUAAAGUUGGUAAGAAAGUGGAAAAAGUUGUUGUGUCUUGUAGAGCUGGAACAAGAACUAAAGGAAGAAGUCAUAAAUACAAAGACCUUUUGGAUGCUUCAAAGAAACUUGCUGAUGCUACAAAGAAUCUCUUAGAAUGUGCUAAAAAGGUAGAUGAAUUUGAUGAUACACCUGUUGUUGUUCAAAUGAAUUUACCACCACCACCUCCUCCUGUCACUGAAGUUGAGGAAGAAGAUAUCGAAACAUUUGGUAUUGACCAAUACACUCUCAAAGAAAUUGAACAACAAAAGAAAAUCUUUGAAUUAGAAAAGAAAUUAGAAGCUGCCAAAAAGAAGAAAGCAGAUUUAGAAGAACUUGCUAAAUCUUUCCAAAAUUAA